AUUCCUUCGAACUGGUUUAAGUUAGUGGAUGAGUUGAAGAAGAAGACGAGAAGCUCCGAAACGCCAUAGCCAUACCAAUGGCUCUUCUCUCGCACUCUAUCUCCUCUCCAAAUUUUUGCCUCUUCAGUUGUCGGAGCCGCAUCAUUACGAGAAUACCGAAAGAACUGGUGAUUGCUCGAUCUGGUGUUUCCACGAGAUCGAUUUCGACUGAAGAAAGAAUUUCCCGUAGGGAUUUGGCGCUUUUCGGUCUCUCUUCUUCGUUGUCUAUGCUCGUACCGGCGUCUGUCACUCGUGCAGAAGAUGACCUGAAAAUUGCCGCAUCAGUGGAUGAGAUUAAUGCUUACUCUUAUUCAUAUCCUGUGGAGUGGCCAUCUCAAAAAUUCGUAUUCAAAUGGAUUGAGUCAAGGAAACCCGAGCGGUACUCUUCAGCGGCACCGCUAUCUCCUGAUGCACGUCUACGCAUUGUUUCUGAACGAGUUGACAUCAUUGACAACCUCGUAAUCUCUGUUUCGGUAGGUCCUCCAAAUUCAAGUUUCAUAACAUCGAAAGAGAAGAAAACAUGGACGGCCAAAGAGGUGGCCGAUUCUGUGUUGUCUGAUAAGUCUGCGCUGCGUGUUACCUCAAGUCAGCGUCUCGAAGAAAGCUCAGUUCUUGAUGCUCAUACUACCGAGAUUGACGGCGAGCCUUAUUGGUACUACGAAUACUUAGUCCGCAAAUCGCCAACUAAAACCGCCCAAGAACCAAACCUUUACAGGCACUAUAUUUCUUCAACCGCUGAACGUGAUGGAUACUUGUACACCAUAAAUGCUUCAACCCUUGGCAAACAAUGGGAAAAGAUGGGACCUUUCCUAGAAAGGACUGUGAGUUCAUUUCGGCUUCUGCCUCCCACUGAUAGCUACGUUCCUCCAUACAAGGAUCCAUGGAGGUUUUGGUGAUACGUCAUUGUGGCGAGAGUUUUUUGUAAUUGGACAUUGAAAGAAACCCUCAUCCAUAAUCAAAGGUAACAUCAUUUGAUUCUUGUAAACUUGUUGGUUGGUAGUCAUCUAAGUGCUGAAGAAGUGAUUCAAAAGGUACUAGCAUUUAUUAAGUUUACAACCACCAUUCUCACCGGCUCUCAGGUUUAAUAUUCUCGUACAUGUGAGUUUUGUUUGUUUUAGUUAUUGUUGCAAGGGUUGCCAUUUCGGGUUUUGGUUCGAAAACAUUGUACCAUACCAACCGAAUGUUGAUCGUUUCGGUAUUUAUCGGAUUUGCUUCAAUA